GGUGUGGAAAGAGAAGAUAUCAAAUGUUUAUGAAACCUCUGCCUAGUUGCUUUCUCUGGUAUGACUGCAAAACCUACACCAACACCACAUCGGACAAUUAAACGGAAUAAAUUCUACUCACAAAUCGGUGACUACUAAGGCCAGUGAUCUCAUGGACAGCAGCCCUCUAAGGAACAUUGGAAGAGGCAAACAUGGCAAAAUCAAGAAACCACGUGGGGGACUUCUUGGAGGAGUUCAGAGAGCAGAUCAUUGCGCAGGUGAGAUUAUCUGGGCCCAUAGUAGACGCUGUGAUCUCACAACAUCUUAUCCCAGAAGAGCUGGCACACAGCGUCCGUGCAGCCCAGACCACACAAGACCAGAUGAGGGCUCUGUUUGAAGCCGUAGAGAGAGAGACACCACAAACCAAACUUGCAUUCCAUCUGAUAUUGAGACAGAAAGAGCCUGAACUCAUGGACAAGCUAGAGCAGAGACAACGAAACAGUAAGAUGACACAGACAGGAUUGGAUCAAAGGUAUGGCGAUACCACAACAUUAGAGGAUAAGACCACACCAAAACUUGGCAUACAGACAAAAAAGGAAUCUCUUAAGAGACGAAGACAAGAAACAAUGCAAGCAAUUGAGGAGAUUGAAAAACUUUGGGAGGGGUCAAGAAGGGAGAGAAAUGAAACUAACUACAUGAAAGCAAAGAUUAAGCAACAACAAGAGGAAAUAGAAAGGCUAAUGGCUGAGAAACAAGAACAAAACACAAAGAUGGAGCUGAUGAGGAUGGAGAUCCAGAAUGUGAAUGAAAAACUGAAACAGAACAUGGAGGAAAUAAAUAUAGAGAAAGACGGAAUACGACAAAUGUGGGCUGAUGUCCAAAUGGAGAAAGACAUGCUGGAGAGAAGACACAAUGAGAUCAUUAACGAGAGACGGAGUUUGGAAUGGAUCAAGUAUGAGACGUUGAGAGCAAAAGAGGAGAUGGAGCACUGCAAGGAAACAACAAAACAAGAGCAGGAGAAAAUGGAACAGAUUAAGGCUGACAUUCAGGGACAGAUAGAGGACAUGGAAAUAAGAAUUGCAGAAACCAAUCAAGUAAAAGAAAAAAUGGAAGCGAUGAAGGCCGAUGUACACAGGGAGCAAGGUCAGCUGGAGACAAAAAGAGAUGACAUUAAAAGACAAAAAGAACAGUUUGAGCAGAUUAAAUGUGAGAUAAACAAAGUAAAAGAAGAGAUGGAUCGAAGGUGGUAUGAAACGGAGAAAGAAGAGCUUGAGCAGAGAGUUAGGAUCCGGCAAGAGAAAGAGGAACUUGCCAACGUAAAAGCUGAGCUGCAGAGAGCUAAAGAGGAGGUUGAUCAAAACAGGGAGAAGACGAAGCAAGAGAAGGACCUGGUCAACAAAAUGAAAGCAGAGAUUCUUCUCGAAAAGGAUUCACUUGAGAAGGACAAACAAGAAACAUUACGAAAACAAAAGGAGUUGGAGCAGAUCAAGUAUGCGAUUCAAAUGGACAAAGAGGAGAUUGAGCAAAACAGAGAGGAAGCAAAGCGAGAGAAUGAUAAGAUGGAACAGAGGGAAGCUGAACUGCAGAGACAAGUGGAAACGAUUGAGAGAAACAUUGAGGAGACAAAGCAAGAAAAUGACAGAAUGGAAAACGUAAAAGCAGAGAUACAGAGAACGAAAGAAGCACUGGAGAAACAAAGAGAUGACACCAGGCGAGUGAAGGAGGAAAUGGAGAAAAGAAGGUAUGAGACUGUCAAGGAGGAGCUGGAGCAGAGAGCUGAAAUACAGAGACAGAGAGAAGAAGUGGAAAUGCUCAAGUCUGAAAUGCAGAAAGCCAAGGACGUUGAAAAAACAAGAGGAAACCGAGAGAGAGAGGAAGCCAAAAAGUGGAGUGAAGAAGCAAAGCGACAGAGAGAUGGGAUCAAACAAUUGAGAGCUGAAGUUCAGAAGGAAAAAGACAACGUGGAGAGGAAAAAGCAAGAGACAAUGAGAGAGAGACAAGAAUUGGAGAGGAUUCAUUUUGAAACGCUGAGAAUGAAAGAGGAGAAUGAGCAAAGCAGGGAGAUCACAAGAAGAGAAAAGGAGCAAAUGGAGCAGAUGAAAGUUAAUAUACAGAGACAGAUAGAAGAUAUAGAAGAAAAAGUUACAGAGACAAAACAAGCAAAAGACAAAAUGGAAGAAAUGAAAGCGGAGAUACAGAGACAACGUGAAGAUUUGGAGAGUAGAAGGGAAAAGACAGAGAAAGAGCGAGAGCAUUAUGAAGAGGUUAAGUGUGAGAUAAUUCGAUUGAAAGAGGAAAUGGAAAGGAAAUGGUGUGAAAUGGAGAAAGACGAGGUGGAACAGAGAGCAAGAGCGCAGCAAGAGACGGAAACACUUGAGAGGUUGAAUGAGGAAAAACAGAAAGUGCGAGAGGAAAUAGAAAGAAACAAGGUGGAAACGCAACGAGAAAGAGAGAACCUAGAGAAAAUGAAAGCCCGUGUGAAAGACGAGAAGAACACUGCAGAGAAAAUAUCAGAAGAGGCCAAAAUAAAGAAUGAGGACUUAACGGAAAUGGAGCGUAACCUUCAGGAAGAAAGGGAAGAGAUCGAGAGGAGCAAGCAAGUCACAAAGCAAGAGAAGGAAGAGAUCGUAGAGAUGAAGGCUGAACUCCAAAGACAGAUGACAGAAAUAGAGAACCGUGUGAAGGAGACAAACAGAGCAAAAUAUGAGGUGGAUCAGGCAAAGCUGGUCGCACAAAAAGUGGAGUCCCAGCUGAAAAAGCGAAGAGACGAGGCUGGAAGAGUAAAAGAUGAAAUUGAGAAACAGAGAUAUGAAGCAGUGAAAGAAGAGCUUGAGCAACGAGCUGAAAUCCAACGAGAAAGAGAAAUGUUGGAGAAAGUAAGAGACGAGAUACGGAGAGCCGAAGAAGACUCCGAAGAAACACAGCUUCAGAGCAAAAGAGGGGACUUACAAAAGAAGAUGGAUGAAACGAAGCAAGAGAGGGAGAUGCUUGAGCAAAUUAAAACAGAGGUUUUGUCAGAAAGGGCCAUGUUGAAAAGACAAAUCCAUGAAACCGCAAGAGAAAGAGAGGACUUGGAAUUGCUUCGGUGUGAGACCCUGAAUAAAAAGCAGGAGCUUGAGAAAAAGAAGGAGGAAGCUGUCAAGGAAGAGCUUGAACUGAGAGCUGAAAUGCAGAGAGAUAGAGAGGAGAUAGAGAGAACCAAGAAGACAAUAGAGAGGGAGUUAAAACAAGGCAGGGAUGCCACAAGUCUAGAGAGAGGCGAAGUGGAACGGAUGAAGGUUGAAGUACAGAACCAGCAUGAGGAAAUGAUUAGAUCCAUUGAGAGGACAAGGCAAGCCAGAGACGUGAUGGAACAGAUGAAGGAUGAAAUUCAGAGAGAAAAACAACUUUUGGAGAGAAUAAGGGAAGAAACAAUAAGAGAGAAAGAACCCUAUGAAACGGUCAAGGAUGAGCUAAACAGAGUAAAAGAAGAGAUGGAAAAACUCUGGGACGAGGUACAGAGGGACGAGCAGGAAGAGAGAGCCAAGCUGCAUCGAGAAAAUGUGGAGCUGAAUAAGAGAAUGGAGGAAAUUAAGACAGAGAUUAACCAGAUAGAAACAAUUAAAUUUGACCUAGAGAGACAGAGAGAUGAGAUUGAAUCAAGGAUGGAGAGGACAAAGAGAGAGAUGGACAAGCUGGAACAAACAAAGGCUGAAAUACAAAGACAGAAAGAGGACAUUGAAAACAAGAUGACAGAAACAAAGAGUGAGAAAGAGGAGAUGGAAAGGAUCAAAUCUGAGAUACAGGAGCAGAAAGAGGAAAUUGAAAACAAAAUGCAACAAGCAGAGACAGAAAUGGAUGAGCUGAAAAGUGUGAGGGAAGAUAUUCAGAGGCAGAGACAAGAGGUCGAGAACAUGGUGCAGAAGGCCAAGAGAGAGGUUGGAGAGAUGGAACUAGUGAAGGCUGAGAUGCAAAGGAAGAAAAAGGACCUUGAACAGAUGAUGAGAAAGACUAAGAGAAAAAAGGAAGAAAUGGAAAAGAUGAAGGAUGAAAUAGAGAGAGCGGAAGAAGAGAUGGAACAAAGAAGAGAAGAGACCAAAAGGGAGAGAGAUGCAAUUGAACAGGCGAAGGCUGAAAUAGAAAGAGCAAAAGAGGAACUGGAGAUUCGUCUGGAAGAGGGCUUUAGAGAUAUUGAUGAGAAGGAACAGAUGAACGCUGAGAUACAGAGAUUAAUCCAAGAGGUAGAGCGAACCAGAGAAAUGCUACGACAAACAAAAGUGGCAAUGGAAAACAGGAUGGAAGAAAGCAAUAUGGAGAUGGGUGACAAAGACAGAGUGAAUGCUGUAAUCCAGAGGUUGAUUCUAGAGGUGGAACAAACCAGAGAGGUGUUAAGAAGGGUGAAAGAAGAAAUGGAACUGAGCAAGGGGGAGAUAAAAGGGGAAAAGGACAAAAUCAGACUGAUGAAGACGGAGACACAAAAAAGAAAAAAAGAGCUGGAGCAAAGGAUGGAGAAGAUCAUGCGAGAGAGGGAUGAGUUGGAACUGGUGAAGUCAAAGAUACAGAGACAACGGGAAGAGCUGAAACAGAAGAUGGAAGAUGGAAAGGCUGAGAGUGAAAAGAUGGAACAGAUGAAAGAUGAAAUUGAGAAACAGAGAUAUGAACAACGAGCUGAAAUCCAAAGAGAAAGAGAAAUGUUGGAGAAAGUAAGAGACGAGAUACGGAGAGCCGAAGACGAUUCUGAAGAAAUACUGUUUCAGAGUGAAAAAGGGGACUUACAAAAGAAGAUGGACGAAACAAAGCAAGAGAGGGAGAUGCUUGAGCAAAUUAAAACAGAGGUUUUGUCAGAAAGGGCCAUGUUGAAAAGACAAAUCCAUGAAACCGCAAGAGAAAGAGAGGACUUGGAAGUGCUUCGGUGUGAAACCCUGAAGAAAAAGCUGGAGCUUGAGAAAAAGCAGGAGGAAGCUGUCAAGGAAGAGCUUGAACUGAGAGCUGAAAUGCAGAGAGAUAGAGAGGAGAUUGAGAGAACCAAGAAGAAAAUAGAGAGGGAGUUAAAACAAGGCAGGGAUGCCACAAGUCUAGAGAGAGGCGAAGUAGAACGGAUGAAGGUUGAAGUACAGAACCAGCAUGAGGAAAUGAUUAGAUCCAUUGAGAGGACAAGGCAAGCCAGAGACGUGAUGGAACAGAUGAAGGAUGAAAUUCAGAGAGAAAAACAACUUUUGGAGAGAAUAAGGGAAGAAACAAUAAGAGAGAAAGAACCCUAUGAAACGGUCAAGGAUGAGCUAAGCAGAGUAAAAGAAGAGAUGGAAAAACUCUGUGACGAGGUACAGAGGGACGAGCAGGAAGAGAGAGCCAAGCUGCAUCGAGACAAUGUGGAGCUGAAUAAGAGAAUGGAGGAAAUUAAGACAGAGAUUAACCAGAUAGAAACAAUUAAAUUUGACCUAGAGAGACAGAGAGAUGAGAUUGAAUCAAGGAUGGAGAAGACAAAGAGAGAGAUGGACAAGCUGGAACAAACAAAGGCUGAAAUACAAAGACAGAAAGAGGACAUUGAAAACAAGAUGACAGAAACAAAGAGUGAGAAAGAGGAGAUGGAAAGGAUCAAAUCUGAGAUACAGGAGCAGAAAGAGGAAAUUGAAAACAAAAUGCAACAAGCAGAGACAGAAAUGGAUGAGCUGAAAAGUGUGAGGGAAGAUAUUCAGAGGCAGAGACAAGAGGUCGAGAACAUGGUGCAGAAGGCCAAGAGAGAGGUUGGAGAGAUGGAACUAGUGAAGGCUGAGAUGCAAAGGAAGAAAAAGGACCUUGAACAGAUGAUGAGAAAGACUAAGAGAAAAAAGGAAGAAAUGGAAAAGAUGAAGGAUGAAAUAGAGAGAGCGGAAGAAGAGAUGGAACAAAGAAGAGAAGAGACCAAAAGGGAGAGAGAUGCAAUUGAACAGGCGAAGGCUGAAAUAGAAAGAGCAAAAGAGGAACUGGAGAUUCGUCUGGAAGAGGGCUUUAGAGAUAUUGAUGAGAAGGAACAGAUGAACGCUGAGAUACAGAGAUUAAUCCAAGAGGUAGAGCGAACCAGAGAAAUGCUACGACAAACAAAAGUGGCAAUGGAAAACAGGAUGGAAGAAAGCAAUAUGGAGAUGGGUGACAAAGACAGAGUGAAUGCUGUAAUCCAGAGGUUGAUUCUAGAGGUGGAACAAACCAGAGAGGUGUUAAGAAGGGUGAAAGAAGAAAUGGAACUGAGCAAGGGGGAGAUAAAAGGGGAAAAGGACAAAAUCAGACUGAUGAAGACGGAGACACAAAAAAGAAAAAAAGAGCUGGAGCAAAGGAUGGAGAAGAUCAUGCGAGAGAGGGAUGAGUUGGAACUGGUGAAGUCAAAGAUACAGAGACAACGGGAAGAGCUGAAACAGAAGAUGGAAGAUGGAAAGGCUGAGAGUGAAAAGAUGGAACAGAUGAAAGAUGAAAUACAGAGAGCGGUUGCAGAGAUAGACCUGGCAAGGGAGGAGAUACAAAUGGAGAAAAGGAAGAUUAAAGAGGACAAUGCAAGGAAAGAGAAGGAUAUGAUGGAGUCUAUGAAAGCUGAGUUUGACAGACAGAAAGAGGGAAAAAACGGAAGGAAAAAAGAAAUGCCAAUGAUGAAGACCCCGGUCCAGAGGCCACAGGAUGAAACAGAGAAAACCUACCUUGGAGAUACGACAACUGAGAUACCAUUUGAGUCACAAGAGCUAAGAACCGCCAUUGAAAAAGAAAGAAGAGACUUGGAACGCAGAGAGAAAAUGAUUAUGAGAGAGAAGUAUGACCUGGAAAAGUCAAAAGCCGAGUUUGAGAAGGAAAAGGCGGAGAUGGAGAACAUGAUCACAAAACAACGAGAGGAGGGCAGACAGAUUAUUGAGGACAUAGAAAAGAAAAAAGAAAAUCUCGAGCAAAUGGAUGCAGAGAUGCAAAGGAAAAGACAGGUCAUCGUAAGGGAAAUGCAAUAUAAAACACAAAAGAUGCGGGAUUUAAAAAAAGCAAAAGAUAAAUUUAAACAAACGCAAGUUAAAUUUAGCAAAGAGAAAAUUGAAAUGGGAAACAUCAAAAAGGCUACCGUGGCGGAAAGAAAUAAACUAGCAGUAGAGCAAGCUUACAUAGAGAAACGUAAGGAGGAGAUGGAAGCCAUCCUGGAACUGACAAGGAAGGAGAAUGAAGAUCUGCUGAACUUAAAAGCUCAAAUAGAGGGAUGGAAAGAAGACAGAGACGAACAGGGUGAACGCCUGAACAGGGAAAGAAAGGAACUUGAAUAUCUGAAAAGUAAGAUGCAAAAAGAGAAAGAGGAUACGAUAAGAAACAGGGACAUUUCGGAAAAAGAGAAAAAGGACUUGGAGCUGAUGAGAUCUGAAACGCAGCAAGAAAAGGGGAAGAUGGAACAAGAGAAGCUGAAGGUACAAGUUGAGAGAGAAAAGCUUGAACAAAUGAAACUGGAGUUACAGAGAAAGUCCAACGACCUAGAUAUGAUCAUAGAAGACACAAAGAGGGAGAAAGUCAGUGCAUCACAAAUGCCUGUCCAAAUACAACAACAAAAGAACCAAAUUGAUUGUUUUGUGGAAGAGACAAAGAAGAGUAAAAUCGAAGAAGAAUUGAUGAGCGCUGAAAUAAAAAGACAGAAAGAGGAGAUAGACAGCAAACAAGACAUUCUAUCAAAGGAGAGAGAAGAUCUGAAUAAACUCAGAGCAGAGGUAAACAAUCAGAGAGAAGAGAUUGAAAAGAUCACGCAAGAGCAAAUUAAAGAAACAUUUCUAAUUAAUCAGACAAAGACAGAGAUGGAAAAAGAGAGAUGUGAGAUGGACAGAAAAAAGAAAAUGAUAGAGCAGAAUAUGGAUGAGAUAGAGCAGAGAAAGUGUGAGAUGAGAAAAGUAGAAAACAUAAUUAUCGAACUGAGAAAAGAAGAAGAGAGCAUAACGAAUGAGAUGAACAGGAUGAGAAAGAACACAGAGCAGAAAAGUUUUGAAAUGCAGAGACGUUCUGAAGACAUGAAUCAGCUAAUGGAUGAGACAAGACGGGAGAGGGGGAAGGUUGAAGAACUGGCUAUCCAAACUCAAAAACAACGAGAAGAAAUGGUGGGUUUUAUGGAAAAGAACAAACAAAAGCAGAACGAACUGGAACUCAUGAAUGACAAGAUUGAAAGAGAGAAACAAGACAUCGAAGAAAGGCAGGAUGUGCUAACAAAGGAGAGAGAGGAGCUGGAACAAAUGAGGAGUGAGAUACAGCAACAGAGAGAGGAGACAGAAUCUCACAUGGAAGAUCAAAGGAAAGAGAAAGAACAUUUGGAACAAAUGACGACGGACAUGAAAAAACAGUUGCUAGAGGUGGACAAUGACAAGGAAAUGAUAGAAAUCUCAAUGGGUGAACUGAGAGUGAAAGAGGCAGAAAUGGUGAGAGAAAAAGACAACAUGGAUGACAAGAUGGCUCGGCUCAAAGAGGAAGAGGAUAGAAUGCGGGAAGAAAUAGGAAAGAAGAUGGACAUCUUAAAGCAGGAAAGUUGUGAAAUCAAAAGACUGAGAGAUGAAAUUGACAGUGAAAAGGACCAGCUGAAUGCAAAAUUGCUUGAGUUGGAAAAAAUGAGUGAAGAACUAGAUAGAGAGAAGAAGGAAGUGAAAGACAGGAAGGAUGAAACACUGAAAGAGAAAGAUCAGUUGGAAGAGAGGCGAUGUAAGAUAAGUAAGGAGAAAGAGGAAUUGGAUAUCAGUCUUGAACUGAUGAAAAGACAAAGGGAAGACUUGACGAGCUUGAAGGCUGAAGCAGAAGCACAGACCGAGCCUAUGGAAAUAGUCUGGAAGGAAAAGCUCACGAGGGAAAGACAACAACUUGAAGAUGUAAAGGAGGAGAUACAGAAGGAAAAAGAAGCCUUUGAGAGAAAGAAGGGAUUGACCAUGAAAGAAAGAGAUGAGUUUGAUCUGAUGAAGUCUGAAACACAGGGACAAUUGGAGGAAAUAGAACAAAACAAACAAGACAUUCGUGUGGAGAAGGAAAAGCUGGAUCAGAUCAAAGCUGAGUUAGAAAGACGGUCUGAAGACGUAAAUCAGAUCAUGGACGAGACAAGACGGGAGAGGGGGAAGGUUGAAGAACUGGCUUUCCAAACUCAAAAACAACGAGAAGAAAUGGUGGGUUUUAUGGAAAAGAACAAACAAAAGCAGAACGAACUGGAACUCAUGAAUGACAAGAUUGAAAGAGAGAAACAAGACAUCGAAGAAAGGCAGGAUGUGCUAACAAAGGAGAGAGAGGAGCUGGAACAAAUGAGGAGUGAGAUACAGCAACAGAGAGAGGAGACAGAAUCUCACAUGGAAGAUCAAAGGAAAGAGAAAGAACAUUUGGAACAAAUGACGACGGACAUGAAAAAACAGUUGCUAGAGGUGGACAAUGACAAGGAAAUGAUAGAAAGCUCAAUGGGUGAACUGAGAGUGAAAGAGGCAGAAAUGGUGAGAGAAAAAGACAACAUGGAUGACAAGAUGGCUCGGCUCAAAGAGGAAGAGGAUAGAAUGCGGGAAGAAAUAGGAAAGAAGAUGGACAUCUUAAAGCAGGAAAGUUGUGAAAUCAAAAGACUGAGAGAUGAAAUUGACAGUGAAAAGGACCAGCUGAAUGCAAAAUUGCUUGAGUUGGAAAAAAUGCGUGAAGAACUAGAUAGAGAGAAGAAGGAAGUGAAAGACAGGAAGGAUGAAACACUGAAAGAGAAAGAUCAGUUGGAAGAGAGGCGAUGUAAGAUAAGUAAGGAGAAAGAGGAAUUGGAUAUCAGUCUUGAACUGAUGAAAAGACAAAGGGAAGAAUUGACGAGCUUGAAGGCUGAAGCAGAAGCACAGACCGAGCCUAUGGAAAUAGACUGGAAGGAAAAGCUCACGAGGGAAAGACAACAACUUGAAGAUGUAAAGGAGGAGAUAGAGAAGGAAAAAGAAGCCUUUGAGAGAAAGAAGGGAUUGACCAUGAAAGAAAGAGAUGAGUUUGAUCUGAUGAAGUCUGAAACACAGGGACAAUUGGAGGAAAUAGAACAAAACAAACAAGACAUUCGUGUGGAGAAGGAAAAGCUGGAUCAGAUCAAAGCUGAGUUAGAAAGACGGUCUGAAGACGUAAAUCAGAUCAUGGACGAGACAAGACGGGAGAAGGGGAAGGUUGAAGAACUGGCUAUCCAAACUCAAAAACAACGAGAAGAAAUGGUGGAUUUUAUGGAAAAGAACAAACAAAAGCAGAACGAACUGGAACUCAUGAAUGACAAGAUUGAAAGAGAGAAACAAGACAUCGAAGAAAGGCAGGAUGUGCUAACAAAGGAGAGAGAGGAGCUGGAACAAAUGAGGAGUGAGAUACAGCAACAGAGAGAGGAGACAGAAUCUCACAUGGAAGAUCAAAGGAAAGAGAAAGAACAUUUGGAACAAAUGACGACGGACAUGAAAAAACAGUUGCUAGAGGUGGACAAUGACAAGGAAAUGAUAGAAAGCUCAAUGGGUGAACUGAGAGUGAAAGAGGCAGAAAUGGUGAGAGAAAAAGACAACAUGGAUGACAAGAUGGCUCGGCUCAAAGAGGAAGAGGAUAGAAUGCGGGAAGAAAUAGGAAAGAAGAUGAACAUCUUAAAGCAGGAAAGUUGUGAAAUCAAAAGACUGAGAGAUGAAAUUGACAGUGAAAAGGACCAGCUGAAUGCAAAAUUGCUUGAGUUGGAAAAAAUGCGUGAAGAACUAGAUAGAGAGAAGAAGGAAGUGAAAGACAGGAAGGAUGAAACACUGAAAGAGAAAGAUCAGUUGGAAGAGAGGCGAUGUAAGAUAAGUAAGGAGAAAGAGGAAUUGGAUAUCAGUCUUGAACUGAUGAAAAGACAAAGGGAAGACUUGACGAGCUUGAAGGCUGAAGCAGAAGCACAGACCGAGCCUAUGGAAAUAGACUGGAAGGAAAAGCUCACGAGGGAAAGACAACAACUUGAAGAUGUAAAGGAGGAGAUACAGAAGGAAAAAGAAGCCUUUGAGAGAAAGAAGGGAUUGACCAUGAAAGAAAGAGAUGAGUUUGAUCUGAUGAAGUCUGAAACACAGGGACAAUUGGAGGAAAUAGAACAAAACAAACAAGACAUUCGUGUGGAGAAGGAAAAGCUGGAUCAGAUCAAAGCUGAGUUAGAAAGACGGUCUGAAGACGUAAAUCAGAUCAUGGACGAGACAAGACGGGAGAGGGGGAAGGUUGAAGAACUGGCUAUCCAAACUCAAAAACAACGAGAAGAAAUGGUGGGUUUUAUGGAAAAGAACAAACAAAAGCAGAACGAACUGGAACUCAUGAAUGACAAGAUUGAAAGAGAGAAACAAGACAUCGAAGAAAGGCAGGAUGUGCUAACAAAGGAGAGAGAGGAGCUGGAACAAAUGAGGAGUGAGAUACAGCAACAGAGAGAGGAGACAGAAUCUCACAUGGAAGAUCAAAGGAAAGAGAAAGAACAUUUGGAACAAAUGACGACGGACAUGAAAAAACAGUUGCUAGAGGUGGACAAUGACAAGGAAAUGAUAGAAAGCUCAAUGGGUGAACUGAGAGUGAAAGAGGCAGAAAUGGUGAGAGAAAAAGACAACAUGGAUGACAAGAUGGCUCGGCUCAAAGAGGAAGAGGAUAGAAUGCGGGAAGAAAUAGGAAAGAAGAUGGACAUCUUAAAGCAGGAAAGUUGUGAAAUCAAAAGACUGAGAGAUGAAAUUGACAGUGAAAAGGACCAGCUGAAUGCAAAAUUGCUUGAGUUGGAAAAAAUGCGUGAAGAACUAGAUAGAGAGAAGAAGGAAGUGAAAGACAGGAAGGAUGAAACACUGAAAGAGAAAGAUCAGUUGGAAGAGAGGCGAUGUAAGAUAAGUAAGGAGAAAGAGGAAUUGGAUAUCAGUCUUGAACUGAUGAAAAGACAAAGGGAAGACUUGACGAGCUUGAAGGCUGAAGCAGAAGCACAGACCGAGCCUAUGGAAAUAGACUGGAAGGAAAAGCUCACGAGGGAAAGACAACAACUUGAAGAUGUAAAGGAGGAGAUACAGAAGGAAAAAGAAGCCUUUGAGAGAAAGAAGGGAUUGACCAUGAAAGAAAGAGAUGAGUUUGAUCUGAUGAAGUCUGAAACACAGGGACAAUUGGAGGAAAUAGAACAAAACAAACAAGACAUUCGUGUGGAGAAGGAAAAGCUGGAUCAGAUCAAAGCUGAGUUAGAAAGACGGUCUGAAGACGUAAAUCAGAUCAUGGACGAGACAAGACGGGAGAGGGGGAAGGUUGAAGAACUGGCUUUCCAAACUCAAAAACAACGAGAAGAAAUGGUGGGUUUUAUGGAAAAGAACAAACAAAAGCAGAACGAACUGGAACUCAUGAAUGACAAGAUUGAAAGAGAGAAACAAGACAUCGAAGAAAGGCAGGAUGUGCUAACAAAGGAGAGAGAGGAGCUGGAACAAAUGAGGAGUGAGAUACAGCAACAGAGAGAGGAGACAGAAUCUCACAUGGAAGAUCAAAGGAAAGAGAAAGAACAUUUGGAACAAAUGACGACGGACAUGAAAAAACAGUUGCUAGAGGUGGACAAUGACAAGGAAAUGAUAGAAAGCUCAAUGGGUGAACUGAGAGUGAAAGAGGCAGAAAUGGUGAGAGAAAAAGACAACAUGGAUGACAAGAUGGCUCGGCUCAAAGAGGAAGAGGAUAGAAUGCGGGAAGAAAUAGGAAAGAAGAUGGACAUCUUAAAGCAGGAAAGUUGUGAAAUCAAAAGACUGAGAGAUGAAAUUGACAGUGAAAAGGACCAGCUGAAUGCAAAAUUGCUUGAGUUGGAAAAAAUGCGUGAAGAACUAGAUAGAGAGAAGAAGGAAGUGAAAGACAGGAAGGAUGAAACACUGAAAGAGAAAGAUCAGUUGGAAGAGAGGCGAUGUAAGAUAAGUAAGGAGAAAGAGGAAUUGGAUAUCAGUCUUGAACUGAUGAAAAGACAAAGGGAAGACUUGACGAGCUUGAAGGCUGAAGCAGAAGCACAGACCGAGCCUAUGGAAAUAGACUGGAAGGAAAAGCUCACGAGGGAAAGACAACAACUUGAAGAUGUAAAGGAGGAGAUACAGAAGGAAAAAGAAGCCUUUGAGAGAAAGAAGGGAUUGACCAUGAAAGAAAGAGAUGAGUUUGAUCUGAUGAAGUCUGAAACACAGGGACAAUUGGAGGAAAUAGAACAAAACAAACAAGACAUUCGUGUGGAGAAGGAAAAGCUGGAUCAGAUCAAAGCUGAGUUAGAAAGACGGUCUGAAGACGUAAAUCCGAUCAUGGACGAGACAAGAUGGGAGAGGGGGAAGGUUGAAGAACUGGCUUUCCAAACUCAAAAACAACGAGAAGAAAUGGUGGGUUUUAUGGAAAAGAACAAACAAAAGCAGAACGAACUGGAACUCAUGAAUGACAAGAUUGAAAGAGAGAAACAAGACAUCGAAGAAAGGCAGGAUGUGCUAACAAAGGAGAGAGAGGAGCUGGAACAAAUGAGGAGUGAGAUACAGCAACAGAGAGAGGAGACAGAAUCUCACAUGGAAGAUCAAAGGAAAGAGAAAGAACAUUUGGAACAAAUGACGACGGACAUGAAAAAACAGUUGCUAGAGGUGGACAAUGACAAGGAAAUGAUAGAAAGCUCAAUGGGUGAACUGAGAGUGAAAGAGGCAGAAAUGGUGAGAGAAAAAGACAACAUGGAUGACAAGAUGGCUCGGCUCAAAGAGGAAGAGGAUAGAAUGCGGGAAGAAAUAGGAAAGAAGAUGGACAUCUUAAAGCAGGAAAGUUGUGAAAUCAAAAGACUGAGAGAUGAAAUUGACAGUGAAAAGGACCAGCUGAAUGCAAAAUUGCUUGAGUUGGAAAAAAUGAGUGAAGAACUAGAUAGAGAGAAGAAGGAAGUGAAAGACAGGAAGGAUGAAACACUGAAAGAGAAAGAUCAGUUGGAAGAGAGGCGAUGUAAGAUAAGUAAGGAGAAAGAGGAAUUGGAUAUCAGUCUUGAACUGAUGAAAAGACAAAGGGAAGACUUGACGAGCUUGAAGGCUGAAGCAGAAGCACAGACCGAGCCUAUGGAAAUAGACUGGAAGGAAAAGCUCACGAGGGAAAGACAACAACUUGAAGAUGUAAAGGAGGAGAUACAGAAGGAAAAAGAAGCCUUUGAGAGAAAGAAGGGAUUGACCAUGAAAGAAAGAGAUGAGUUUGAUCUGAUGAAGUCUGAAACACAGGGACAAUUGGAGGAAAUAGAACAAAACAAACAAGACAUUCGUGUGGAGAAGGAAAAGCUGGAUCAGAUCAAAGCUGAGUUAGAAAGACGGUCUGAAGACGUAAAUCAGAUCAUGGACGAGACAAGACGGGAGAGGGGGAAGGUUGAAGAACUGGCUUUCCAAACUCAAAAACAACGAGAAGAAAUGGUGGGUUUUAUGGAAAAGAACAAACAAAAGCAGAACGAACUGGAACUCAUGAAUGACAAGAUUGAAAGAGAGAAACAAGACAUCGAAGAAAGGCAGGAUGUGCUAACAAAGGAGAGAGAGGAGCUGGAACAAAUGAGGAGUGAGAUACAGCAACAGAGAGAGGAGACAGAAUCUCACAUGGAAGAUCAAAGGAAAGAGAAAGAACAUUUGGAACAAAUGACGACGGACAUGAAAAAACAGUUGCUAGAGGUGGACAAUGACAAGGAAAUGAUAGAAAGCUCAAUGGGUGAACUGAGAGUGAAAGAGGCAGAAAUGGUGAGAGAAAAAGACAACAUGGAUGACAAGAUGGCUCGGCUCAAAGAGGAAGAGGAUAGAAUGCGGGAAGAAAUAGGAAAGAAGAUGGACAUCUUAAAGCAGGAAAGUUGUGAAAUCAAAAGACUGAGAGAUGAAAUUGACAGUGAAAAGGACCAGCUGAAUGCAAAAUUGCUUGAGUUGGAAAAAAUGCGUGAAGAACUAGAUAGAGAGAAGAAGGAAGUGAAAGACAGGAAGGAUGAAACACUGAAAGAGAAAGAUCAGUUGGAAGAGAGGCGAUGUAAGAUAAGUAAGGAGAAAGAGGAAUUGGAUAUCAGUCUUGAACUGAUGAAAAGACAAAGGGAAGACUUGACGAGCUUGAAGGCUGAAGCAGAAGCACAGACCGAGCCUAUGGAAAUAGACUGGAAGGAAAAGCUCACGAGGGAAAGACAACAACUUGAAGAUGUAAAGGAGGAGAUACAGAAGGAAAAAGAAGCCUUUGAGAGAAAGAAGGGAUUGACCAUGAAAGAAAGAGAUGAGUUUGAUCUGAUGAAGUCUGAAACACAGGGACAAUUGGAGGAAAUAGAACAAAACAAACAAGACAUUCGUGUGGAGAAGGAAAAGCUGGAUCAGAUCAAAGCUGAGUUAGAAAGACGGUCUGAAGACGUAAAUCCGAUCAUGGACGAGACAAGAUGGGAGAGGGGGAAGGUUGAAGAACUGGCUUUCCAAACUCAAAAACAACGAGAAGAAAUGGUGGGUUUUAUGGAAAAGAACAAACAAAAGCAGAACGAACUGGAACUCAUGAAUGACAAGAUUGAAAGAGAGAAACAAGACAUCGAAGAAAGGCAGGAUGUGCUAACAAAGGAGAGAGAGGAGCUGGAACAAAUGAGGAGUGAGAUACAGCAACAGAGAGAGGAGACAGAAUCUCACAUGGAAGAUCAAAGGAAAGAGAAAGAACAUUUGGAACAAAUGACGACGGACAUGAAAAAACAGUUGCUAGAGGUGGACAAUGACAAGGAAAUGAUAGAAAGCUCAAUGGGUGAACUGAGAGUGAAAGAGGCAGAAAUGGUGAGAGAAAAAGACAACAUGGAUGACAAGAUGGCUCGGCUCAAAGAGGAAGAGGAUAGAAUGCGGGAAGAAAUAGGAAAGAAGAUGGACAUCUUAAAGCAGGAAAGUUGUGAAAUCAAAAGACUGAGAGAUGAAAUUGACAGUGCGGACCAGCUG